AUGGUCCGCGUCGUGAUCGUGGGACAGGACCCCUACCACGGCUUUGGACAAGCCAAUGGGCUGGCAUUUUCAGUUCCUAGCAGGAUAGGGAUUCCGCCAAGCCUUGCCAACAUGCUUAAGGAGGCCGGAGCAUGGCCUGCUUUUCAUGGUGACCUUACAAGCUGGGCACAGCAAGGAGUUCUCUUGCUCAACACGGUGCUCACGGUAGCAGAAGGACAGCCGAUGUCCCACAAGAGCUUGGGAUGGGAACGCCUGACUGAUGCUGCUAUUCGAGCUGUGAAUCGAGAGCGUGAAGAUGUGAUCUUCCUUCUUUGGGGCAAGGAGGCACAGGCCAAAGCCAGACUUGUUGAUGAGGGACGCCAUGUGGUUCUGACAGCAGGCCAUCCAUCUCCUUUGUCCUAUGAGCGAUAUUUCAAAGGUUGUGGUCAUUUUCACAAGGUGAACGAGCUCUUGUCAUCCAGGGGAGAGCCGCAAAUCACAUGGAACUUGCCAGCUGAAGCAAGUGCAGCGAGUGGCCUUCCGGCCUGA